AGAAGAAUAAGAAGAAGAUACCGGCGAUCAUGGCAGCCAUGAAGACGACCAACGCGAGGAUCAUCUGCUUGGCCGCCGCCCUCGCCGUCAUGGCCACCCUCCUCAUGUCCUCUGACGCACAGCAGUCGUGCAGCCCGUACCCAAACUGCUUCAGCAACCAGGGAGGAUUGGCGUGCUCCCGCCUGUGCGCGGUGCUGGUCGGCCCUUCCGGCAAGGCCACCUGCCAAGGCCACCGGAAUGUGCCUGCCGACAACAAGUGCUGCUGCGCGCCGCCUGCCGGCGGCAGGAAGGAGCGGCUGCCGGCCAAGGAUGUUGGGCCUGCUGGUGCCACAAACGAAGCUGCUCCAUGAUGAUACUAGAUCUACUAGUACUAGUACUUUUUUUUUUUAGAGCAAUUUUUUUUUUUGAGAGGUUCCCCAUGGACACUAGAUACCAUAUGAGAAUAAAUUUUCUACUCUCGGGUGUACUACACCCAAGGGGGAAAAACAAUAUUAAA